CAUGUGCUUUGUUUCAAUAAGAAUAAAAAGUUGUGUUGCUCAUCCUCCGGAUCUUGCCUUCUCUCUCUCUCUUUCUCUCUUUCUCUCUCUAGAAUUGUGCUAUAUAUUGUCACCCAUUUCACCCAAAUUACACAUUUUGGAGCUCACCAUCAUCAUCAUCGUAUUAUUAUUAAUGGCUUCUUGGAAGAAAACUAUCAUUUCUCCCUUUAGAAAGGCCUGCACCAUCUUCAACCAGCAGCCCCGAGACCCCAAAAAGUCCCACUCCGACUCAGAGCAAGAGAAGCGAGUGGACGUGAGGGAUCUUCAAGGGGAGGUGAUGGCAUGUGGGUACGAGGAUGUGCACGUGAUGUGGUCGAUUUUGGACAAGGCCAACUCAGGCGCCGCCGCCACCGCCGCCUGCAAUGUGUCGUCUUGACGGUGGCCGGAGCGCCGGCUGGUUUCUGGUUGGUUGUUGUAGAUAAAGCAAAAUUACGUUUCUCUCCCUCUCUCUCUCUCUAUCUCUCUGUGUUAUUAUGUAAGUGGAUGGAUUUUGUUACUUUGUAGGGAAUCCCCAUGAUUCAUAAGCUUUUUAAAUCAUGGUGAGAUUUAAAUUUUAAAAUUUUUCAUUUUUAA